AUGGAGGAGCAGUUAUCCUCGAGGCCGCUCUUGUGGCUCCUGGCCGCAUCCACAUGGAUGUACAAUUCUCGACGCCUCAACCAGAGCAUUAGUGAUGUCGCUUUCAACGACGUGAGACGGCCCGACCUCCAAGGCCCCGUCGGCCACGAGGUUCACAACCGUCUCCAUGAGCUGCGCAAAAACCUCAUGGACAUGCGCAAAGAUGUAAGGUACGCAAAGCAGUGGAUACAUCCUGAGGUGAAAGAGGGCCUACAAGGUAUUGUGCAGGCAUCCGAUGGUGUCUUUGAGACAAUAUUCAGCGAUAUCCUGAAGGAGGCCGAAGUCUCCGAGCGAUUUCUCAUGGACACGUUCCAGCUCCUCAUGAGCUCCAUCAAUGUCCUCGACUCGGCCACCAGCAUCCAGCAAGCCCAGUCCUCGCAAAAGUUGACCCAGUUGGCUUUCAUCUUCAUCCCUCUCAAUCUGGUCACCAGCAUAUUCGGUAUGAACAUAAUGGAGAUCAACGGCUCUCCGAUAAGUGCCUGGCCUUCUCAUGGCAUACGACCUAUGGGAUACCCGUCGGACAUGGUGGUAUCCCAGAGCGCUCUGGCGCCGUCUGGUGCGGUGGGCAAGGGGUAUAUGGCGACGUAUUAA